GUCUGGGUUAAAAACUCACUCGAAAAAUGGGGCCGUGAAAACGGUGACGUUACAUCAUGAGCCGUGCCGUGUUGUCACCAGCUGUUGGCUAGAAGACGACGCGAAAGUGGAUGUGUUUCAACUGGAUUGUGUGUCUGCUAACACACCGUAGCACUUAACAGCUGCCCCGGAGCAAAUAAAACGUGUUACCGGAUGACUGGUCGAAACACCGGAGCCACCUCAGUGUCACGGUGGUAGUAUCACUUACAUAACUGAAGGCAUCGAUAAGACAAAAACUGAUAACGGACAAGUGCCAAUACAGGUCGGAGUUGAAGCCAUUUUUCGCUGCAGAAGAGUUUAAGUGUCGCCAUCAUGAAUGUGGGCACAGCACACAGCGAGGUGAACCCCAACACCCGGGUGAUGAACAGUAGAGGGAUCUGGCUCUCCUACAUCCUUGGAAUCGGUCUGCUGCACGUCAUACUGCUCAGCAUUCCCUUCGCCAGCGUACCAGUGGUCUGGACCCUCACCAACCUCAUCCAUAAUUUGUGCAUGUACCUCCUGCUUCACACAGUCAAAGGGACGCCGUUUGAGACCCCGGAUCAAGGCAAAGCCCGGCUCCUCACACACUGGGAGCAAAUGGACUAUGGUGUGCAGUUUACUGCUUCGCGGAAGUUCCUCACCAUCACACCCAUUGUCCUGUACAUCCUUACCAGCUUCUACACCAAAUACGAUCGGGCCCAUUUUGUGGUCAACACUGUUUCCUUGCUCACUGUGCUCAUCCCCAAGCUGCCUCAGCUGCACGGUGUGAGGAUCUUUGGGAUUAACAAGUACUGACAAGGCAGAAGAGGACACCUCCUUCCCUUUAGUCCCUAUGGACUGUAGUAGGCACACAGAGUAUCAGACCUCUGAUUCGGCUGCAGGUCCAUAAAGAUCCAUGGCUCUGUGGCUGUCAACUCUGCUGAGCAGCAGUCUAAAUGAAGCCUUUUGGGGAUUCUGCCAUGGUACCAAACCCCAGGAAACAGACACAAUACACUAUACAGAUGGCACAAAGGGAAAGUGUACCGUUGUUAUUAUGUGUGGCCGAUUUCCUUUUAGUUACAGUCUGUUAGUGACACUUAUAAAGGGAGUGUUUGUAAAUGGGGUGUAAUAUGUCCAUUUCUGUAGAAAGUAAAACUCUCUUGUAUGACAGGUGUCAGAAGAGAGAAUGCUGUAGUUGCACAAAUACUAUGUGCCAUUUUACACCCACUGGCACACUUAGACAGUAAUCAAAGUUAUUUUGUAUGUAAUUAUACACUGCUGUAUUUAUUCAGUUUCACUCCUACAUGCAACUUCCUCUUUCUUGAGGUUUUUGUGCUUGGAGGAGCGUAACAAUACUUCGAUGAAAUAGUGAGGGACCCAUGAACUGCUACAGAGGCGAGACACGAGAAACCGCAAGGUUUUAUAUUUAGCACUCUGGCUUCCUCAGGGCCAAGAUUGGGAACUCAAGCAACUCUUAUUUUUAUCUGACCAUUACCAUAUUUGGACUCCUCUUGUCCUGGAUUUUCUCACAGCAAGAAUCCUGUCUCCACAACUGUCUGGCCCGUCUGCAGAAAUGAUGUGGACUAUACAAGGACUCCUCUCAAACAAUUUACCUGAAAGUACUUCAGAAUAUGGAUGAGAGGGAUUUUUUCAUACUUGCAUAGUGAUACUACAUAUGUGAAUACGUACUGGAAACUAUGCUAUAAAAGUACUCAGGACCUGAAGAAACCUUGCAUCAUUCUGUCUGCUUCUGAGUUUGGAACAUUGUGACAAAUGGUACAUAAAGUUAGUCUUUUACUAAGUAGAUUUAAGCAGUGUGAUCCAAUCCUAUUCAGUAGCUAAACAGCAGCUCCUUGUGGAGCUUAUAAUGUUCACUUUUUGUUGACACUGUGACAGAAUUGUUGAUUCAACUGUAUGGUACUCUUUUAAGACUGUGCAGUAUAUUGUUGUGGUGUUUUGUACUGCAUUGAACAAUACUGGUGUCAAUAUGAUGUUUUAAAUAUUUUGUCCAGCCACAUUUAUAUACAUGAUUGGUGCAAAUCUGAGAUAUCCAAAUUCACAUCCUUUGAGGAUUAUUAAGUACUUGCUUUCAACCCAAACAAAAGGGUUUUAGUCGUAUGUGGACAUUUCAUUCAUAUUGUGACUGUCCUUCAUGCUAUAGGGCUUCUGAAUUAUGCUGAGAAGUUGCUUCACAUGAGAGGGUUUUAGGUAUUAUGUAAGUUUUUUUUCUUACAUUCAUAGUUUAUAGUUUUAGGUAAUGUUAGUAUAAUGCAUGCCUAUGGUCUUUUUUUUAUUGCGCUUACUUGAAAGGCCUUGCAUUCCUGCUUUUUUAUGAGGAUGAGGAUGCAAUUAAUAAGCAUCCAUCCAUCUGUUAUCUCCUUCUUGUCUGGGUCUGGGUUGCAUGGGUGCCACCCUAAGCAGGGAUGUCCACAUUUCCAGUUCCCUGAUCAGCUCUUCCAGCUCCUCUGGGUGACACUGCUGUUCCCAAACCAGCUGAGAGGCUGAAUCUCCAGUGUUGGGCUGCCCUUGGGUCUCGACUUGAGAUUGAGAAGCCCAAAACACCUCACAAAUCCAACUUUGGAAGUUAUGAGCUAGUCUACUAAUCAGCCAAAUGUGUAUAUUCAACAGAUGAAUAGGACCAUCCCUUUUUAAAGUAGAUGCUUUUUUAUUUAAACACUGUAUGUUUACCAAUGUUAACCAGGAUAGUAUUCACCAAACCUUUCACUCUCAGCACCUGUAAUGUUUGUAAUUGUGACAAUAGACACAGUAGACAUUGUAGCAUUAUUAUUAUUAUUAUCAUUAUUAUUAUUAUUAUUAUUGUUAUUAUUAAUACUGCUGUGGGGGCAGUAAAAAGUUGUCGUGGCAGUACUCACUUCCCAGAGAGAGGUAGUUUUAAUUGAACAUGAGAUAUUGUUUGUUUUCCUUCAGCGGAUCUAUGUACGGAAUGGGAAGAAUUUAUAGCUGAUGCAUCAUUUCAAACAAUGACGAGCAUUGAUUGAAAAGAACCAAAGAAUUAAGGAACUGUAAAUAAGUUGUUCUGCUGCAAUGUUCAUGCUUCGUCAUCAUGACAUUUCCCUCUCUUCAUGACCACCAUUAAGGGCUUUACUUAAGGACAUGCUAAAUGAUUUUGUAGCACCAAGUGACCAUGCAUUUAAUGUUUGUUUGUUUUUUUUUCCUGACUGUUAAGGACUACAGGUUCUGAAAGACUGUCAAAAUGAAUGUGGUAAAAUGUGAAACUGUGCUAAUUAAUGGCUUGUGGUUUGUUGACGGUGUCUUUGCAUUGUGAAGGAAAUGUAAGUGUGAUCUUGUGUCAAAAUGCUUGACCUGAAAUACAGUAUUUUUCAACUACAA